UGCUGUGUUUAUAUUUAGCCACAAACUGAUUCAGCUCGGUUAGGGAUGAAGAUGGAUCUACCUCUUUCUCACUGAAGACUUUAGGAAAGUGAUUUCUAGUAAAAUAAAACAUAAUGGAGGCUGUUCCAGAGCUGCUUCUGGAGACUUUGGACGAUCUCCUUGAGGAAGACCUGCACAAGUUUUAUUGGUACCUGACCAAAGAAAAUGUGCUCAACGGUUUCCUUCACAUUCCUAAGAGCCAACUGGAAAAUGCUAGCAGAUGGGAAACAGUGGAUAAGAUGGUGUUGAAGUAUCAGAAACAUGGAGCUGUGGACCUAACACUAAAAAUCCUGUCAAAGAUAAACCAGAACCAACUGGCUUUGGACCUGAGGACUAAGCUAGACGCUAAAGGAUAUUUCAGUUUUAGCAGCACCACAGCUCAGCUAUCAGAUGGAGGUUCUGCAAAUGCUAAUUCUCUCAGUAAAGAUGAAGUGGAUCAUGCCAUGCAAGAAAGCCUGAAAACUAGUUUUAAGCUCAAAUUUGCAAAGUUGUAUGAAGGGACAACGCUGGAAGGUGAUCAUGUCCUCUUGAAUGACGUCUUCACAGAACUUUAUGUGAUUAAGGGAUGUACAGGAGGGGUGUACAAUGAGCAUGAAGUCAGACAAGUGGAAGCCUUUUAUCCCAGAAUCGAUGAAACUCCAAUUCAGUUCAGUGAAAUUUUCAAAGUCCAAUCUGGUGAAGAUAAAAAUGCCACAAAGGUUCUGACUAUUGGAAUUGCAGGAGUUGGGAAAACUGUCUCUGUACACAAGUUCAUCCUUGACUGGGCUGAGGAAAAAUCCAACCAAGACAUUGAUUUUAUUUUGUUUCUUCCCUUUCGAGAACUGAACCUACUUAAAGAUGACCAAUACACCUUGAGGGAACUUAUUCUUUACUUUCACCGUGAACUUAAAGAAGGCUUUAAGGAGUCUGAAAUGUUUAGCAAUAAAUGCAGAGUGGCUUUCAUAUUUGAUGGUCUAGAUGAAAGCAGAAUUCCACUCAAUUUCAAUGAGAAAAAAAUGUCCAGUCUCUCAGAGAGGACUACCAUUAAUAAGUUGAUAACCAAUCUCAUCAAAGGAGAGCUGCUUCCUUCAGCUCUGAUCUGGAUAACCUCUCGACCAGCAGCAGCAAACCAGAUCCCUCGCCGGUACUUUGACCAUAUGACAGAAAUACGUGGCUUUACAGAGCAGCAGAAAGAAGCUUAUUUCAGGAAAAGGAUCAGUGAUCAGGAUAAGGCCAGCAAAAUCUACUCGCACAUUAAGUCAUCCAGAAGCCUUCACAUUCUAUGCCACAUACCAGUCUUCUGCUGGAUUGCAGCAUCUGUUCUUCUUCAAAUACUGAGGGAUAGUAAAGAGAUGGAGCAUGCACCGACAACUCUGACAGAAAUGUACACGCGUUUCCUGCUAUUCCAGACAACACAGAUGACAGAGAAAUACAAAGAAAUGAUGGACCAAAGAAGUACAAAUAAACCACCAACGCAGGGAAAAAACAAAGAAGCCCCAGUGGACAUUCUGAAGCUUGCACAGUUAGCUUUUCUUCAGCUGCAAAAAGGACAACUCAUAUUCUACGAGAACGAUCUAAAGGAUUGUGACAUUGAUGUUGAUCAAGCUUUGGUGUACUCAGGGGUUUGCACGCAGAUCUUCAGAAAGGAUGAAACAGUUUUCACUUUCGUGCAUUUGAGCUUUCAGGAAUUCCUUGCUGCUUUGUAUGUGUUCCUUACAUUUAGUCCUGAAUGGAACCCAUUUCUUCAGUCCUUUUGGGAGAAAAUUAAAUGGAAGGCAUGGCACAGCCUCUGUGAUCUCCACAAAACUGCAGUGAAUAAGGCUUUGCAAAGUGAGAAUGGACACCUGGAUCUCUUUCUUCGGUUCCUUCUUGGCCUCUCACUGCAGUCCAAUCAGAGGCUUCUGAAGAGCCUACAACCACAGAGGCUGAUAAGAGAAGAGAACCUGGCAAAAACAAGCGACUACAUCAAGAAGAAAAUCAACGAAUCAAAGUCCUCAGAAAGAUGCAUCAAUCUCUUCCACUGUCUGAGUGAACUCAAGGAUAACUCCCUAAUGGCAACAGUACAGAACUACUUGAGAUCUGGAGAUCGUUCCAAUCAGGCACUUUCAUCGGCAGAAUGGUCAGCUUUGGUCUUUGUGUUGCUGAUGUCUGAGGAAACUCAAGAGACAUUUGAGCUGAAGAAAUACAGAGGAUCUGACGAAGGUCUCAGGAGGCUACUGGCUGUGGUGAAACAAACAAAACAAGCUUUGUUGGAUCACUGUAAUUUAGGCGUGGAAAGCUGUGAACUGCUGACAACAGUUCUUAGCUCUGAUUCUUCACCUUUGAGAGAACUGGACAUGAGUAACAAUAACCUCCAGGAUUCAGGAGUUAUGCCACUUUUGGAUGGACUAAAGAGUCAUUACUGUAAACUGGAGAUUCUCAGUCUGUGCUGCUGUAGUCUCACCAUGGAGUGCUGCGAAACUUUAGCAUCAGCUGUGAGUUCAGAUUCUUCAGUUCUGAAGGAGCUGGAUCUAAGUUACAAUGAGCUGAAGAAUAGAGGAGUGCAGCUACUUUCUGAGGGGCUAAAGAAACCACACUGUAAACUAGCAAUACUGAGAUUAUCCCUGUGCAUGAUCACAGACAAAGGCUUUUCCUAUCUGGCUUCAGCACUGAUUUCAAACCCCUCUCACUUGAAAGAGCUGGAUUUGAGAUAUAAUUACCCAGGAGAAUCUGGAAAGGAACUGCUUUCUGCUAGACAAGAGGAUUCACAAUGCAGCCUAAAAAGGCUCAGAAUGGACCAUGGAGGAAAGUUCAGAACCAAACCAGGUCCAAGAAAAUAUGCCUGUGAGCUCACACUGGACCCAAACACAGUACACAAGAACAUCUCCCUUUCUGAGGACUGCAGAAAAGCAUGCCGUGUAAAGGAAAGUCGGCUACAUCCAGAGCACCCAGAGCGAUUUGAAGGCCACCCUCAUGCUCAGGUUCUGUGCAGGGAGAGUCUGACUGGACGAUGUUACUGGGAGGCAGAGUGGGAAGAGUGGUGUGAAAUUUCCGUAGCAUAUAAAGGAAUUGGAAGAAAAGAGAAAAAUCCUGAUGCAUGUGGAUUUGGAAGCAAUGCAAUGUCCUGGAGCUUGAACUGCUCCAAAUAUGGUUACUCUGCAAGUCACAACAAUAAGAGCACUGAAAUACGCAUUCCAACUUCCCAGAGAGUGGGAGUGUACCUGGAUUGGCCAGGUGGCUCUUUGUCCUUCUACAGCAUCCAUGAACAUCACAAGCUGAAAGAAAUACACACUUUUCGCUCCAGGUUUACUGAGCCUCUCUUUGCAGGCUUUGGGGUUUAUAAUAUUAAUGUUGCUGGUGCUUAUGUCUCCUCUGUGUCUAUUUGUCAGAUAGAUGAGUCAGAAGCAUCUUCAUGAUUAAUGCUGAAAAUCUCAAUCAGAUAAAACAACUAAUGAACUGAAGUAGCCAUCUAUGGUCUGUCCAGACAUGUGCACUUUGGUGACAAAUUGGACAAUAUUUACACUGAUAAAAAUCAAAUUCAACCUGUUUGAAAAUUGUACCAACCUAUCAUAACUGUUAUACCAAGCAUCUGCAAAAGAAUCUAUAUGUACACUAUACUGCCUUUGUAUUUUGAAUGAUAUUGUGAAAUAAGGGAGUAUUUUAUGUUUAAAUUCAGCUUUAGAAGUGCCAUACUGCUUAAAUCACCCACCCCAUCAUAUGAUAAGUAUUUUAUUAUUUUAGCAUUACGCAUGUGUUUUCUUUUUUGUGGUUCACACUCAAAGAUCAGUUCAUGUACCUCAAAACUUUGUUUAACAAAACUUACCUUUACUUACCUUUCUUUUAAUAAGUCCACAUAAAUACAAGUAUUUAAAUUUAGCUUUAGAGUGACAUACUGCUUAAAUCACCCAGCCCAUCAU